CCCACCAAUCAAUCUGUUAAUAUUUAUAUACUACUACUACAACAUCAAGUAGUAGACUAGCACUAGCAGGUGGUACGUGGUGGAGUCUAGAGCUCAGUUAUUUUGUUUUGAGACAAAAGCGAGAAGCCAAAGCCAAUAACCCCCAAUCCCUCCAUACGUAGUGCAGCUGAGCUCCUACUCGGCUACUCCCCAACUCAACUCAAACUCAAAGAGGGACAAGGACAAACAAGUUAACGAAGAUGGUGAUCAUGGUGCAAGAAGAAGUGCGUAAGGGUCCGUGGACUGAGCAGGAGGACCUGCAGCUGGUGUGCUUCGUUGGCUUAUUCGGAGAACGACGAUGGGAUUUCAUAGCCAAAGUUUCAGGUUUGAACAGAACAGGAAAGAGUUGCAGGUUACGAUGGAUUAAUUACCUUCAUCCCGGCCUCAAGCGAGGAAGGUUGACACCUCAGGAGGAGCGCCUCGUGCUUGAACUCCACUCUCUUUGGGGCAAUAGAUGGUCCAGAAUUGCUCGGAAAUUACCCGGCCGAACUGACAAUGAGAUAAAGAAUUAUUGGAGAACACACAUGAGGAAGAAGGCACAAGAGAGAAGACGAUCUUCAUCACCUUCAUCAUCGUCUUCUCAGUUAUGUUCUUCUCCAUCCACAAAUAAUAUUAAACCUCCGCCGGUUUCGUUGCCCGAAGCGGCCCAGAAUACUACUGGAGAUGGAGAAGGAUGGUUGCAGGAUUAUGGUGCUUCUGGCGAUUUAGCUGUGCAGACAAGAGAGAUGAAAGAGGAGGGAGGUCAUGCAUUAAUAGGAAUAGGAUACCCCAUGGAUCAGAUAUGGAAAGAGAUUGCUUCACUGGAAGAGGUGAAUAGUAGUGAAAUAGUAGUUUCCGAGGGAUGUAGUAACGACCAAGGGUACAGUUCCUAUUGCUCUUCAGUAGUCACUUCUCCUUUAUGGGAUUAUUGUUGUUCGGACACACUGUGGAAAAUCGACGAAGAAGACGUCAAGAUGUUGCUUCCGGCAUCGGGCAUGCAUGAUAAGUGUUGAAGACCAAAAUUUUGAUCAUCCCAAUCCAUAGCUGUCAUAUAUACGACGACCUUCUUAGACAGACUCUGUAAUCUCUCUAGCAUGUGAUAAACCAUGGUUUGUAUGUGUGUUCUCUCCAAAUAGGAGACUUCCUCAUCUUUUCCCAUUAUGUAUUCACAUAUGAUCAUGCAUGCUAAGACAGUUUCAUAGUAAAGAGAAGUUCCAGCAGGCUCUAAAGCGUUUUUUUU